AUGAAUUUCGCAAAUAUAGGCGGAGGUACAAACUGUAAGAUUUCUAUACUUUUCCUUUUAUUGAUAUUGAUUUAUCUUUUGCCAGACGAACCUACCAUGUCAAGAACCUGUGUUUACUAUUCCAAUUGGUCUGUUUAUGCUAGAAAACAUUUUCCAAGAGAUAUCCCUGUGGAUGUGACCACCAAUUUAUUUUACUCAUUCAUUGGCAUUGAUGAUGUCACUGGUAGAGUUAAACUUACUGAUUCCUGGGCUGAUCUUGAACUUCCUAUGGACUCUGGAUGUGGAGGGUCAGUCAAAGGUUCAAUCCGUCUGUUGUUUGAGCUUAAGCGUAAAUAUCGUAAACUUAAGGUAUCCAUGUCAAUUGGUGGUUGGGGCACCGCCCACUUAUUCCAAAACGUAAUGUCAGAUCCGGUUAAAAUGGCUGCAUUUGUGUCCAGUUCAAUUGAGUUUUUACUUGAGUAUGGAUUUGAUGGAAUUGACAUCGAUUGGGAGUACCCAAAUUCUCCACAAGAAUCGGACCAAAUGGUGGAAUUAUUACGUCAACUUAGACAAGGUCUUAACCAAAUUUCCAACAAGUUGCUACUCACAGUAGCUGCCCCAGCAUCGCCAGAAACAGCCAAUAAACUUAAAGUGAAGCAAAUAGACCAAUACCUUGACUUUUGGAACCUUAUGUGCUAUGACUACGCAGGAAGCUGGUCUUCUACCACAGGGUACCAUCUGAACUUGUUUGGGAAUAAUGGUGAUAAUAACAUUAACACUGCUGAUACUAUCCAAUUGUACGUUGAUGCCGGUGUGCAACCUUCCAAGUUAGUGAUGGGGAUGCCAAACUAUGGCCGUAGUUUCACUGCUGAGAGUGACCUGAUUGGGAUUCCAUUCACCCAGGGGAAGGGAUCUGGAGAUGAGGCUGGGAUUUGGAGUUAUAAAGAACUCCCCGUUGGAAUAGAAAAGUUUGAUACUAGGAAGGUUUCUGCUUAUUGUUAUGAUUCUUCUACGAAAACGUUAAUUACUUACGAUAACCCUCAAUCCGCGAGGAUCAAAGCCAUGUAUGUACUUCUGAAAGGUCUUGGAGGAGGUAUGUGGUGGGAAUCAUGUGGAGAUGAUUAUUCGAAGAAAGAUCGUAGUUUGAUCUACAACUUUGUUGACCAAUUGAAUGGACAAUUGGAAGAAACAGAUAAUCAUUUAGAUAUAUAUGGAGCAAGUAAGUAUUUGAAUGAAUGA